GCAACUGCAAUACACAGAAAAGAGAGAGGAGGGGAGACGAGAGGAUGAGGAGAUAAGAAUACAUGCUAAGACUGGGGGGAAGGAGAGAUAGAUUUGUUGACGAGAGGAAGAGAGGAGGGGAGAUAGAGAGAGGAGAGAGAGAGAGAGAGAGAGAGAGAGAAAGAGAGAGCAUGGUGCUUUGCGUGAGUGACGGAGAGUGGAAGGCGAUGGGGAGGAAGUGGAAACCACAGGCCUUGCAGUGCACCCAGGUCCUACAUCUCAUCUAAGGUGUGUGUGUGUGUGUCAGAGUGUGAGAGGCAGAAGAGAAAGAGUGAACGAGAGAUAGAGGGGGGGAGAGAAAGCGAGAGAGAGGAAAAAACAGUCAGGUGGGCUUUGUUUAUGGGCAUGUUCACGAUGCCACUUUGACCAAGUGUGAAAGACAGAAAAAAGGGAGAGAAAGAGAAAGAGAGAGCAAGAAAGGUGUAGGGGCUCGGUCUAGACUUGAUGCAGAGCCUUGAUACAUGAAGUACAGCACUCAGUCGAUGCCUAACUCUUCAGGAUGAAGAGACUGACUCCGGUAAACGUGCUGGUGACCUUCUUCUUCUCAUAUGUCCACUGCCUUGGUAGCCAUCCUGUAGACAACCUCACAUGCUUCCCUGAGGUUCGUGUGAGGAGGUAUACUGCUUGGAAGGUAGCUGAGAUGAGCACUCUAAAAAUCAUCUGUCCGGUGAAAUACUGUGAGCCGCCACCCACUGUUACCUGGUGCAGAUUGGUGGACAAUACAACCUGCACACCACUGCCUGAGAAUCGUUAUGUUAGAAUUUGGCAGGAGUUGGUCAGCAAUGAAGACAACCUCAUUAAAUCCUAUAUGGAAAUAAAAGAGGCAACAAAGGCAUACAGUGGUUUAUAUAAAUGUGCCGUGUCUGCCACCUCUGUUGGACAUUCAAUCAGUGUUACUGUCACUGGUGCUGACCAGUUGGAAAAUACAACACAUACCGACAACACAAACAGUCCAUCACCAGGUACUGAUGGUGCAGACCCAGACUGGCUCCCCUAUGUGUACAUCUGUGGUGGCAUAUUGACCAUUGUUAUGCUGGUGAUGCUCAUCUCCUUCCUGAGUCUUCAUGGAUGCAAACGGUCAUCCCGGUCUCACCUAACUGAUCCCACAGGACCAUCUCAGAAAACUGAACAAAUAGCAGAAGCCCAGUGUCCCACCAGGAGAUCGUCUGCCCGUGUGAGCCCCAGCCCCAGCGUGCCUAAGAGGGACAGGAGCCUGCGCUGCCACCCCACUCAGAGCCCUGCUCUCUCAAAAGCCGCCACGUACGACCAGCACCGCCUCAACGAGACGCCGUCGCUGCACGGCCUUCUCACGCUCCCCAGAGCUCCGCCCAGCCAGAGCUCACCGUCCAAUCAGAGAUCGGCCCUGCUCGCACAGCACCAGGGCAGCCCGAGGGACAGGAGGCCCAGCCAGGUUCUGUACGCCGCUUUGGACCACCUGGCGCCUCGGGAUGCUCCCAGAACUGUCCCGAAAUUCCAGCCUGAGGAGGAAUUCUCAGAAUACGCUUCUAUUCGCGUCUCAUGACAUCAUUUUGGAUGACACUCUCUGCUGGAAUGUUAAAUGACAAAUAACAAAAGUGACAUUGAAAGUGGAUGUUUUCUACUGUUUACAGUCCAUUUACGUAGAAGACCUGUUAACGGGAUUUCACCUGAGAACCUUCCUGGGCCAGUCCAGAGACACUGUUAUGAGGCUGUAGGUAGCUGUUUACUGUCCCGUGACAAUAGAAUGUGUUUGGCUCACAAGUGUGAAAUCGAUGGCUGUCUACAUUGCUCAUCUCUGUCUAUGACCCUGGUCACAGGAUUUUUUUGGACUCAAUGUUACACAACAGCACACACACACACACACACACACACACACACACACAGUGACAUAUUCACCUACACAAAUACCCCCCAUUGUCACGAGCAUGCUGACAUCCUGCGUUGUGGAAACUAUGAGUGGUCGCAAACCGCAGUGCGAUGUUGCAGAGUCUCAAGAUGAAAGAU